CAGGCUGGGAGAUGUAGUUCCUGAGUCUCUCCGGAGCAGAAGUGACGUUGGGCACUGCGGAGGACAAGCCGGGCUGCGAACGCGCGUGGGGCGCUGCGCCUCUGCCUGGCUCGCGCGGGGCCGUUGGAGCGUCUCCGGGAGCCGCAGAAGAGUUUUGUGCCGUUCAAGCUCUGGGCAUGCGCAGAUGGGGUGUCCCGCAUGCGCAGAGGCAGCGCUCACCCGCUGCUACUCCCUGGCGCUGCGGGGCCGGGCGGAGCAGGAGGGUCUGUGCCGGGGAGACCCAUUAACCCCCCCGUGCCCGGCCCGCGCCCUGCUCCCGCUGGGGCCGCCCCGGGCUCUGCCCGCCCCGCUGCGGCGCUGCAGCCUCCAGGUGUCUGAUUGAGAUCAGGGUUCUUAUUGUACUGAGCGUGUCACAGGUCCUGCCUGAGAUCAGGUUCCCCAGUGUGCCGGACACUGCACAAACCCUGACCGAGUUUGGGGAACUCGUUGUGCCAGGAACUGCAGAGACCCCAACAGAGAUCUGUGCCCUUGUUGUGCUGGGCACUGUAGAGACCGCAACUGACAUCAGGCUCCACAUUGUGCCAGGAAAAACUGAGACCUGGACUGAGAUCAUGGCCCCCCUUGUGCCAGGCAGCGCACGAGUGCGAACCAGAUUGCUGCCUCCAUUGUGCUGGGCACUUCAGAGACCUCGACUGAGAUCUGUAUCCCCGUUAGGCCUGGCACUGCACUGACCCCAACCAAGAUCACACCCCACUGUAUUGGGUACUGCACAGACCCUGACAGAGAUCCUGCCCCCAUAUUUUGCCAGAUGCUGCAUGGACCCCAAACAAAAUCAGGGAUCCUGUAAUGCCGGGAGUUGCAGAGCCCGUGAGUCAGAUCAGGCCCCCUGUUGUGCAAGGCUCUGCACAGACACUGACCAAGCUCAGGGUCCCCAUUAUGACAGGUGCUGAACAGAGACCGAGGGUACUUCUUCACUACCCGCCGUAUCGGCGAGUAGCAAUCGAUUAGUUAAGACGCGAUAUAUCGAUCCCCGAAUGCGCUCACCGUCGACUCCGGAACUCCACCAGAGCGAGCGGCGGUAGCGCAGUCAGACGGGGGAGCCGUGGCCAUCGAUCCCGUGCCGUCUGGACCCUAGAUCGCAAUUUCUACAGCGGACAGCUCGCUUAUUCACCAGAUCAGCGGUCGGGGUCACCAGUGCCGUCAGAUGCUACCAGUGUGGUGGUGCUCUGCUCUGUUCAAUGUUGAUAUCAGUCGGCUGCGUGCGUGUGUUCCCUCUGUGUGCUGCCCUGGCUCUGACGAUCGCUGACACAGCAGACCCUGGAGAACCCCCAGUGACCACAGACUCCGAUAAGGCUACAGAAUAACAUCCAGGUUUCACUCCAGACCCACCCAGGGGGAAGGAAAUGGCUGCAAUGGAGCUGGCUCAGAGUGUUGGGAUUCCUACCAGGGAGCCACCAGCAGGGUCCAGAGACAGCCUCAUCUCCUAUAUCAAGCUCUGGCUAGUAGGGGCCGGUGACUUUCGCGGAAGUGGCUGUGUAUUUCACCAGGGAAGAGCGGGCUCUGCUGGACCUCACUCAGAGAGACCUCUACAGGGAUGUCAUGCAGGAGAACUAUGAGACAGUGGUCUUGCUGGGGUUUCCAGUUUCCAAACCUGAUGUGAUCUCGCAGCUGGAACAAGGGGAAGAGCCGUGGGUCCCAGACCUCCAGGACUCUGAGAAAGAAGUGCUCCCGAGAGCUGCCUGCACAGGUGUUGGGAUGGUGAGUGAGAAUGAGGAGAAUCCCCAGCAGGAAGAUGCUGAGCAAGUAAAACCACAUGGGACGUUAUCAGGAAGAUCCAAAGGGAAUGUUUCCUGGAGUUGUGCACUCCCAGAAAAAGCAAAAGCCUGUGAGACUGAGCAGAUGCCAGAGGAAAACUUGAGGAGCCACUCAGACCUUAUUACACGCGAGAAAAUCAACUUGGAAGAGACACGCUACACAUGCCAUGAGUGUGGGAAAAGCUUCAGUGGGAGCUCAGACCUUUUCACACAUCAGAGAAUCCACAGAGGAGAGAGACCGUACACGUGCUCUGAGUGCGGGAAAAGCUUCAAUCAGAGCUAUACCCUUAUCAGACAUUGGAGAACCCACACUGGAGAGAAACCCUACACGUGUUCUGAGUGUGGGAAAAGCUUCAAUCAGAGCUCAAACCUUAUCAGACAUAGGAAAAUCCACACAGGUGAGAAACCUUAUGGGUGCUCUGUGUGUGGGAAAUGCUUCAUUGAUAGUUCAGCCCUCAUCUCACAUCAGAAAAUCCACACAGGAGAGACGCCCUACACAUGUUCUGAGUGUGGGAAAAGUUUCAAUAAUAGCUCUGACCUCAUCAAACAUCGUAGAAUCCACACAGGAGAGAAACCCUAUAUGUGUUCUGAGUGCAGGAAAAGCUUCAAUCAGAGCUCAAUCCUUAUUAGACAUCAGAAGAUCCACAUGAGAGAGAACUGUAAUAAAUGCCUUGACUAGGGCUGGCCAAAGAUUUUUCUUUUAAAAAAAAUCACAUUUGCUAAUUCCCAGAGUGAUCUUUGCACCAUCUUCACCGUGGUCUCUCAGCUCCCCCAGAUGAGUUGCCUGCUUCUGCCUUUUGCAGCUCACCUUCUUUGGGGUCCAUCCUGUGAUCUUUUCUAUCAACUCCUUUCCUUUUGAGUCAUAGGAGUGUGUGUCCCUCCAACCAGGAAUGUUCAUCCGCUCCAGGUGGGAGGGAGAGGUUUGAUCCCAACAAGCUACACUGAGGCAAAAACUACCUGUGCUUUACAUCCACUAGGACUGUACAUGGCGUUGGCUGCUCAAGUUAGUGAUCUUGGUGUAAAAAGACAAUUGUAGUUGUAGAGCAGAUGCAGCCCAGGUGCAGGGUUUGGCAUUAGCUUUCCCCUUGACCUGACCUAAACUCCAUCACUUUUCCUAGUCUAAACAAACCCUCAGCAUCACGGUUAUACUGUUCCCCCAGUUCAAAGCAAUUGUUAGUCAUCAGGUUCCCCCUUCGGGAACAAAUUGUUUCAUUCCCAGUUGCUCUGAUGUUGCUUCAGGUUGUGCUGGAGAGCAGAUAUUUUUACUACCAUUUCCUUCACUUAAAAUAUAUUGAACUAUAACAAAGAGCAGGAACAGGGUAGGGAUAGGGAAAAAUGUCAUUUCACCCUCUGUAACAGAAGAAGAUAGGGUAAAUCAGAGGGAUUCCCUUAUUCCUCAUCACCAUCGCAAUCCCUCUCUUGUUCAGUUGGUUAGGUCAAUAUUAUUUCUAAAGGGUGGGGAAGAGGAUUCCCUAGUGAAUGACUUGGAACUAAGCAAAAUACCCAUGCAUUGGGCUCCCAAAGCAGUUGUGGCAUGGGCUCUACAGGAGGUCACCCCUGAAGAUAUCUCCUUCCUAAUCAGGUGCAUGUUGCCUAUUAUUUGGGAAAUGCAAUCCCUAUCUAGGUAGAGAUGGGGAAAAUGGAACUGACAUUUCUGUUCAGCUCACUCCUGGGAGAUGCUGCUGCAAAUGUAUAGAAAAUGAAAUCCAUGUUGAGUGUGAUAUAGCUGCAGAAAGAAACCUAUUUUUAAUAGAUACCUGACAUUUGGUGUUUUACAGGGAAUCUAAGCUGCACCUGAAUUUAGUCCCUAAUUUAAACCUGUGCCACCAGAUUAAAGAAAUAAAAGGGCAUAUUUGGGGGAGUUAUACCUCACUAUCGCUACUGAUAUGUUGUGUGGUUGGUGAAGAAUUCUACGCCAGGGAAGUGUAAAAUUACUCCAAGUAAGGUCAAAGAUUUGACAAGAAGUCAGGUAGAAAUUGCAGGUACGAGUGGUUGAUUUUCACCCCAGAGAUGGAAGCUAUGGUGACCUGUGGCCCAGGUAAACUAUUUGUAGAACGCUGCUCACUAGUUAAGUGGCAUUGAUCACGCUCCUAAAGGAUGCCAUGAUUAAAUUGGGAACAACUGUCUCUUUCAGCUGAUUCCUUCAGAGCCAUUCCAUGCCUAUGGGUCCCAGUCUGGCUGUCUUGUUGGGCAAGAAGCACUUCCAUACUGGGCAAAUGAUUUAUAGCCAAUGAGGGAAUGUAUCAGAUUCCAAGUUCAGACUGCAGGAUAUAUGAAUAUUGAGUCCAACGUCUGUGGUUUGGUCUCUUAGUUUACCCUUGAAUCUAAUGCAUUUGUAUCACUUCUCCACCUCUUGCUACUUUGAAAGAUUAGAAAGUGUGAAAAAGCACAGGUGGUUUUUUUCAUGAUGCAGCCUUCCCACAUAGUGAGAGACCCCUUCCACCCACACUUCUGGGAGAAGACCCAGGGAGAAAUGAACUCACAGAAAUGGAAGGCUUCUAGGUUAUUGUAGAAUGUGACUUCACACAAAGCUCACGGGAUGGAAAUGGGAAUUAAGAGAAAACUGCCCUAUAGGUUUAUAUUUUGUAAGAGUUGAAUAAAUUGUUACCAGCAACAAUGAAAUUAAACAUGAAGUUAAUUAGUGUAAGAGGCUGAUUCUGUGAUGACUUUCAGUGUUACAAUAUGAUUCAGGUUUUCUUCUAGUUCUCUCCCUGCCCCCUCCUACUAUAUCGGAAAUGGUGGUUAAUCCUGAAAUUAAAACCUCACUCCAAAGGAAUUAGAGUGGGGGAAUAUGUGAGAGAAAUAGCAUGUACGAGAAGAGAGACCCAGUAUGGACUGUAAUUAUUUCUAUUUCUAAUGGAAUUUAUUUUGAUACAUUUUAAAAUAAAUCUUCUGUUAGGAGGAAAAUUACUUGACAAGAUGUGUAACCUUUUACCCAUUCCCCACAGUGCUGAUGUGUUUUUGUUUGUUUCUCUCUCCUCCAGUGGUUGCUUUUUAAUAAAAGAAUAGUUUUGGUUUGAAA